AUGGAGCUGAAGAAGGCGUUCAUGUGCUGCCUGCUACUGGUAGUCAAACAUGCAGUUGCGCCCUCAGUGUACUUCUCCGGUUUGGACAUAAAAAAUAUGAAAGGCAAGUACAAAGAGAUAGAAGAGAACCAUGCCAAACAAAAUGUGAAUGAUCUAUUUUUUCAUGAAUUAAAAAAAUCGAAUUAUCAACUGAAUAGUAAUAUUAUCGCACUUAGCACAUCGAGGCAUUAUUUCAACUACAGACACACGAGCAAUGUACUGACCGCAUAUAAAUAUUUGAAACAUGUUGGGGACAAUAUGGACCGGAACAUACUGCUUAUGGUGCCAUUUGAUCAAGCUUGCAAUUGUAGGAACAUCGUAGAAGGCACUAUUUUUAAGGAGUACGAGAAGCCUCCAAGUGAAGAUUUAAAAAAAAAAAAAAUGAAAGAAAAUUUGUACAGCCAUUUAAAUAUAGACUAUAAAAAUGACAACAUACGAGAUGAACAAAUAAGGAGAGUAAUUAGACAUCGAUAUGAUGCCUUAACUCCAGUUAAAUAUAGGUUAUAUACAAAUGGGAACAGAGAAAAAAAUCUCUUUAUAUACAUGACUGGCCACGGAGGAGUGUCAUUUUUUAAAAUUCAAGAUUUCAACAUUGUGAGCUCUGUUGAAUUUAGCCUGUACAUUCAAGAGCUGCUCAUAAAAAAUCUCUACAAGUACAUUUUUGUAAUUAUUGACACGUGUCAAGGGUACAGUUUUUACGAUCAAGUGUUGCAUUUUUUAAAAAAAAAUAAAAUAAAUAACGUAUUUUUAAUGUCCUCCUCGGAUAAGAACGAGAACAGCUACAGCUUAUACUCGAGCAAAUAUUUAAGCGUCUCGACGGUCGAUCGAUUUACGUUUUAUUUUUUUUCCUACCUGGAAAAUAUGGACAGAAUAUACAAGAACGAACCGCAUAAAAAUACCAGGGCCUUUUCCUUAUAUAGCAUCUUGAAUUAUUUAAAAACACAGCAUUUGAUAUCAACUCCAACGAUAAACAAUUCGAAAUUUAGCACCUCGAUAUUUAUGCAUAGUAAAAAUAUUCUUUUUUAUGACUCCUCCGGUUUUUAUGUAAGUAAAGACGCGGAGGAGAGUGCGUUGGAGGGGCUGGGCAAGCGCAGUGAUAACGCCAACCGAAAGACAGACAGAACUGCAAUUCGAAAUACCUGUUUGGGCGACUUGAGCGCAUGUGGGCAUAUGAAAAAUGAAAUAUACACCCACAUGAGGAACCUCUACUCGCGCAGCAGCUUCUACAACAAUGUCGAGGUUUACUUCAAGGAGGAGUCCUACUUCACGGACUACUACUUUACCGCCGAGCGUUUUGCUGGAGGGUACUUGCUCCCCGCUUCCCUUUUUUUAGUGGUGAUCUCGUUAUGCCUUCUGUUCUUUCUGUUCACGUAG